AUGGCACCAAAUAUGUCCCUCUUCUCGGUCAACGCCAUUCUAAUAAUCAGCACCGACGACUCCUCCCGCAUCCUCACACGAUACUACUCACCACCACACAUACCUCACAAUGCCACAGCAGGGAGCUCGUAUCCCGGCGCCCAACCCUACACUUCACAAAAAGACCAAAAGGCGUUCGAGAAAGGACUGCUGGAAAAGACUGCCAAGCAAACCAGCGACGUGAUCCUCUACGACAACCGGGUGGUAGUGUUCAAGAUGGAGAGCGAUGUGAUGAUGUACGUGGUCGGAGGCUCAGAGGAGAACGAGAUAAUGCUGUACAACGUGAUCCUGGCCUUGCGAGAUUCACUGAAUAUCUUGCUCAAAAACUCCGUGGACAAACGAACCCUGAUCGAGAACUACGACCUCGCCUCCCUAUGUAUAGACGAGCUCGUAGAUGACGGCAUCAUUCUCGAAACAGAUCCGGUCGUCAUCGCGAGCAGAGUCAGCAGACCGCCUGCUCAGGAUGUGCCUAAUAUGCAAGGCCUGGAUUUGAGUGAAGAGGGGUUGCUGAAGAUUUACCAAUUCGGUAAGCAGAAAUUGGGCGAGAGGUUACGGCAGGGUCUAUAA